AUGAAGAGACUAAACAUUGCAAUGGUAUCAGACUUCUUCUAUCCAUCAACGGGUGGUAUAGAAACACACAUAAGAUAUCUGAGUGAGGAGUUGAUUUCAAUGGGCCAUAAGGUUAUAGUCAUUACACAUAAGACUGGAGAUCUUGUUGGUUGUAGAAUGGUGGGAACUAUCAAGGUUUAUUUUCUUGACAUUCCUGUUCUAUGUAGGAACACAACAUUUCCAAGCCUCUAUUCCAAUCUUCCACUAUUUAAAGAGAUCUUUGACAGUGAAAAAAUAGAAAUAGUUCAUGGCCAUCAAACAAUGUCAAAUAUGUGUAUUGAAGGCUUAUUUCAUGCAAGAACAUUGAAUCUUAAGACAGUGAUUACAGAUCAUUCAAUAUUUGAGGUGGGCCCUUUUGAAAACAUUGUUGUCAAUGCUCUAUGUCGCCUCGCAUUAAAGAACAUAGACAGAUGCAUAUGUGUGUCAUAUACAUCCAAGGAAAAUACUCACAUCAGAACAAUGAUUCCCCUCGAGAAGAUUCACGUCAUUCCAAAUGCGAUAGUCUCAGAUAUAUUUUGCCCCAGGGAGGAAGGGAAAUCUGAUGAAAAGACUGUUGUAGUUGCAUCCAGACUUAUGUUUAGGAAGGGAAUAGAUUUGCUUAUCGGAGCAAUACCAUUAAUCUGUAAAGGAGAUCCAACUGUUCGAAUUAUCAUAGUAGGAGACGGGCCUAUGAAGGAAGGGAUCGAGCAGGUGUUAGACGAGAACGAAUUAUACGACAGGGUGGAAAUAAUGCAUGAGGUAGAUCACGAGAAGGUUGGAGAGAUAAUGAGGAGAGGGGAUGUCUUCCUCAAUACAUCUUUGACCGAGACUUUUUGCAUAGCCAUAGUUGAGGCUGCUUCGUGUGGUCUCCAUGUAGUUAGUACUAAUGUUGGUGGAAUACACGAGGUAUUGCCUCCGGAUAUGAUAACAUUCAGCAAAAUCACAUGCGAAGAUCUUGCAGAGAAGGUAUUAAUGGCCUUAAGAAAAAGUAACCAUAAUCCACAGGAUUAUAACAAAAGACUCAAAAAUAUAUAUAAUUGGAAGCGAGUAGCAAGAAUGACUGAAAAGGUAUACAUGGACAUUGAGCAGACCUUCCUUGGCUACAGAAAUAGAAGAGAGUUGUAUAAGGGAGCUACAGGGAUUCUUUCAAGACUCAUGAUAACGAUAGAAUAUUUAUUUCUUUUUCUUCUUGGAUUAAGGAAUAGGUCAUAG